AUGAACAUUUCAAACCGGCUGCUGCUCCAGUCGGAGCUCUUCUUCAACCACUCAGCAGAGGCCAAUGAGACGGAUGGGCUGGGCAACCGAAGUGCGGCGGGCAUCUGCGAGCAGGUGCUCAUCAAGGCAGAGGUGUUCCUCAUCCUGGGCAUCAUCAGCCUUCUGGAGAACAUUCUGGUCAUCCUCGCCAUCAUCAAAAACAAGAACCUGCACUCCCCCAUGUACUUCUUCCUGUGCAGUCUGGCAGUAGCUGACAUGUUGGUGAGCGUGUCCAACUCGCUGGAGACCAUUGUCAUUGCGAUUCUGAACAACCGUUACUUGGUCAUCAAAGACCACUUCAUUCAGAUGAUGGACAAUAUAUUUGACUCGAUGAUCUGUAUCUCCCUAGUAGCGUCCAUCUGCAACCUACUGGUCAUUGCCAUCGACCGCUACAUCACCAUCUUCUAUGCACUGCGCUAUCACAGCAUCAUGACCGUGAAGAAGGCCCUGCUGGCCAUCGCCAUCAUCUGGCUGGCCUGCACUGUUUGCGGCAUCCUCUUCAUAGUGUACUCGGAGAGCAAAACGGUCAUCGUCUGCCUCAUCACCAUGUUCUUUGCCAUGCUGGUCCUCAUGGCCACACUCUACAUCCACAUGUUCCUGCUGGCCCGGCUGCACGUCAAACGCAUCGCCGCGGUUCCCGCUGAGGGCGUGGUGCCACAGAGGACCUGCAUGAAGGGUGCCAUUACCAUUACCAUCCUCCUAGGAGUAUUCAUCUGCUGCUGGGCUCCCUUCUUCCUCCACCUCAUCCUCAUCAUCGCCUGCCCCAAGAACCCCUACUGCGUUUGCUACAUGUCCCACUUCACCACCUAUCUUGUGCUCAUCAUGUGCAACUCGGUCAUCGAUCCCAUCAUCUACGCCUUUCGAAGCCUGGAGAUGCGUAAGACAUUCAAAGAGAUCGUCUGCUGCUAUGGCAUGAGCUGUAGCAUGCGCUGUUCAGAUAAAUACUGA